GAGCUGCCGAGCGGCGGCCGGCGCUCGGGGCUCGGCUCUUCUCGCCCCUGCUUCGCUCGGUUGGGCCUCGGGGAGACCGCCCGGGGCUCGGCAGAGCCCGCCGGGCGCCAUCCCCGCGGCGGCAUGCAGCGGCUCUUCUCGUGCUGCCUGGGGAGGGUGCGGCGGCCGCCGCCCUCCGACGGCGAUGCCGGACCCUGCGCCGCCGAGCCCUCCGAGGUCCGGGAGAAGCCCCGGGGCGGGCUGCACGGCGCGGCCGCCGGAGGUGACCUGGCGCGGCUGCAGCGGCACUGGUGGAGGAAGAGAUUCCGCAUCAACAGGCGGGACGCGGAGAAGCAGACGCCUCUGCAUCUGGCUUGUGCGAAAGGCCGGGCAGAUGUCGUCCGAUUCCUAGCAAGAGAGAAAUGCCAGCUAAACCCUCGUGACCGCUUUAAGAAAUCACCACUGAUGAAGGCAGUAGAGCACCAGCACAAAGACUGUGUGGCUAUUCUGCUGGAGCAUGGUGCCAACCCUAACCUCAGAGAUGCUAGCGGCAACACUGCGCUUCACCUGGCUGCCAUCACUGCUAGCAAACCCCUAGUCGAGCUGUUACUGGAGCACAAAGCCGAUAUUGAAGCUCAGAAUAAGUUGGGAUACACUCCGCUUACUGUUGCGAUCACCAAGUGCUCUGAAGAGUUGGUGGAGUUCCUUCUUCAAAAAGGAGCUGACGUGCAUGCUCGAGAUAAGCAUAAAAGGACCACCCUUAUGGUUGCUGCUCUUGCUGGGGAUAUGAAUAUAAUACAAAUUCUCCUGCAGUAUGGUGCUGAUCUUUCUCAGGAAGACCUGUGUGGCUGCACAGUUCUACAUUAUGCCAGACUGUCUCAGCAUGCUGUACUGGAUUUGGAAGUUGAGGAAAACUUCCCCCCACAGUUCCCUCUGAGAAUUCACCUGUGUGCUGCCAAGCUCCACUCCACUCAACUGACUAGCAACUACUUGCCUUUUGUUUCAGAGGGGAUCUAA